UGCAACAUGGAGCUGAUCCUUUUCAAAAGAAUGAUCAUGGCAUCUGUGCAUUAGAUGAAGCUUUGGAUAACCGCAUGAAGCAAUUAAUGAAAAGCUAUCAACAAAGAAAAGGUUUUCAGGAAUUCUACUAUGAACAGCCAGAAUCCUGACACAGUGCCAUCUGUUAAGAGAAAAACAGGAAGCACGCAUCAAGUAAAAAACAAUGUUCAACCCAACAAAACGAAUCGACGCCCAGGGACUUCUUGCAAUAUGAAUGAAAAUAAAACAAAGCAGCAUGAUGUGGAGCAGUCUCUGGGAAGACCUGUGACUCGCUACAUGGUGAACUUGCAGAACCAGUUUGCUACCUAUUCUGGACAGAAAAUCACACAAUCUAACAAUUUAGAAAUUCAGAUUAAAUCUACCUCUGUAUCUGUAAAUGCAGUUGAGACUAAGCUCACCAGUUAUAAUGAUAAUGUAGCUACUGGUAGUACAUCUGGAGCUCAAACAUCACUGAGGCGUUCUGCAAGAAUCAGAAAUUCAACUGGAUUUGAAGUCCAAGCAGAGGAAAAUUCAACUACAUCCAAACAACACAGUAUUGAAAAUUCAUCCAAACAAUCUAGUAGAGAAAAUUCACAGCAACAUCCAUUAGUACUUAAACCCUGUGGUGCUGUGAACAAAAAUAAAAGUAUUGCUGAUCUCAAGUGUCAUGAAAACAUUACAACUCGCACAGGAAGUCAAUUAACUUCUCCAGAAGUUGAAUUGACUGAUACACUUUGCACCAUAAACAUGUUAAAGGGUGUAAGAAACAAAUCUAAUACCACUGAUGCAGGUGGUAAAUUACUCACAAAAGAAUUGCUGAGUGCAUGCAACACUGAUGAACAACCUGCACAAUUGAUAAAAUAUUCAAAAGUUCAUGUCAGCGAAGAAAUGCUGAGUAAAGUGACCCCUUGUAAUUUAAAUGUGGAAAUGUCUCAGAAAACUGAAUAUGAAAGAGCAGGAGGACACUGUAUUCAUGAAAGCAUCUCCAACAAUACAACAUCCCUAAAAAAUAGGAACUCUCACUUGCCUGACCAAGAUGACUCCACAAAAAUCAAUAAAUUUAUUGAGUACAUUCCAAGCACUGAAUCCAUUGCUACGGCUGAACUCACCAUAAUGGAUGAUACAUUACCAAAAGUUGAAAUUAAGCAGCACAAUCACACCAAGAACAAGACUCUAGAAUACAAUCCUGAUAGUAAUGUGAUACUUUCUGAUGUUUCAGAAUUUAGAUGUAAUAUCCCUAUGAUUUAUGAACAUGAAUCUGGACAGGAUCUACUUGAACCUGUAACCUCAGAACACAUAUCUUUACAGCAAAAAGUCAGCUCCACAACUUCAGAUUAUGAAAGGGUUGAUCAUUUUAUCACAGAACAUAAAACCUGUAAUAAUGUCACCUCAACUCCAGACCACAGUGAAACUGUAAUAUUAGAACUCAUAAGCCAGGAAGAACAUUCCAGAGAUUUGAUGACAACAAAUGAUCAGUAUAACAAUAAGCCAUCUACUUGUGAUAUGGUCUCAGAUUGCAAGCUUAAUGCUGCAACUACAAUGUUACAUUUGGAAUAUCAAACCUAUGAAUCUAAUGCCAAUUUGUCUGAGCUCUGUACCAGUAAUUUAAAUGAUGCAAAGCACUUGGCCAGGGCAACUAACAUGGCGACAGCUGAAGAAGUAAAUGCAAAUGAAGGUGAAGAAACUAUCAAUGAUACAUUUGCAAAAUACCAAUUCGGAGAACCAGCACAAGAGACAAAUAAAAGUGGACCUGAGCAUGUAAUAGCCGAAACAGGUAGCAGUGAUGACAAAAGAAAUAAUGCAUUGCACAAUUCAGAUGGAACAAGCAAUGUACAUACUCCAGAAGUAAGUACACAUGCAAAAAGUAAAAACAAGGGAAGAAAGAGAUCCUGCAAGCUGUGCACCACAGAAUCUUCAGGUGCAUCAGUGCGUGGCAUUGUCAUACCAAAAUCUUGUUUGACAACUCCAAAAUUACAUGCUUUAAACAAGAGAAAUGGCAAAGGAGAGACUCGUCUACAUCAUGCUGUAAUAAAGAGAGACAUAUCUUCAGUAAGAUCUCUAAUUGCAGCUGGAAUUGAUGUAAACAUGAAAGACAAUGCAGGUUGGACAGCACUUCAUGAAGCUUCUUGCAGAGGUUUAACUAAUAUUAUACAAGAAUUACUGAAAGCAGGUGCUGAUGUCAACUGUGGAGGAAUGGAUGGGCUAUCGCCAUUGCAAGAUGCUGUGAGCAGCUCUCAUUACGAGGCUGUGAAAGUCCUACUUCAGAAUGGAGCUGAUCCCAUGCAGAAGAGUGAAAAUGGGAAGAAUGCUUUUGAUGAAAUUGUGGAUGAUAAGAUUAAGCAUCUGCUUGAGACUUACCAUAAUAGUGAAGUGACUAAUUGUGAAGAGCCACAGCCGGUUACAGGUCCUCCACAUGAUGAAUGUGCAUCUUGUGAUGUUGAGCAAACAGCACCAACUUUACAAACUAGUAAAGACUUAGAAAGUCCAGAGUUUAAUAUUUCCGAACAUGAAUCAAUUGCAAUAAUGCUGAAUGAAAUAGAAACAAAGCAAGAAAAGAUAACUAAAUAUAAACUCAAGGAGCCUGAAAAUGCAGCUCAAUUUGAACUGGAAUUGACACAGAUUCGGAUUGUGUUAAAUGAAAUACUUACCAAACAUAAAGCAGAAAAGGAAGAUCUUGUCAAAAAAUUCAGGGUCUCUCCAGGUUCAUUCAGACAGGGCACACUACAGAAACAAGUAACUGCACUAGCCUCUCGACAGAGGAGAUUUCUAAAUCUGUUACAGAAGCAGAAAACAUUAGAUCAGAAAUUGCAAGAAUACAAACUAAAACAGCAGCAGUUGCAGCAAAAUAAUUCAGUAAUUCUAAAUAAUAGUUCAACAUGCACUACUGAGAGCAGAAUCAGGACAGAUACACUCUGUAAAGAAGUGCAGCUUUCGAAUCAGUGUAAAGGAUUCAGUGCUACUUGUACUACUGAAGGUACUGGACAAAUAUCCAUUACCUGUCCUCAAAACUCAGAAUGCACACAAGAACAUAAUUUUCUCAGUCAAGGAGAGAUAGAUAUCUCUGCUAAUCAGGAGACAAAUAGAACCUCUGCUAUUGAGGAAAAUGGUAUGGAAUGUAGCAUUGGAAGUGUUGCUACAAUUAAUCUUGAUAUUACAAGUAGGAAUAACAAUGUAAGUACAGUAAGUUCUUCUAUACCUGACUCAAGUCACAGAGAGUCUAGUUCUUUAGAGUUGCACUCUCUAGAAACAUCUUAUCUUCAGGCUGAAACAUUAAAUUCAAGCCAAGCUGAUGAUGUGGAUUCAACACCUUUCUGUAGCUCUAGCCAGAAUAUUCCUUUGAAAGCAUCACAAUCAAUCAAUAAUCCAGAAAAUAAUUUGGAAAGUAAUUGUGGAAAUGUGCUGCCAAAUACAGAAAAGUCUAUAGACACAAGCACAGUGCAAGUGACUUGUAACACGCAAAACUGCUUGUUUGUAUUACCUGCCUCUCAACCUACAGAAAAGUUGAUGCCAAUGAAUUCAAUGCAAAGUCAAACUAUUGGCCAGCUCAAAAUAUUGAAAUCCAACAAUCAGUUUAAUAUCAUGCCCAACAGCUCUCAGUAUGGUAGGAAUCAACAGCAGAUCUCACAGCUCAACACUGGUGAGUCAGGUGUGAAAGACCAAAAUAUUAAAAAGAUAAAUGCUGUUCAACGAGACUACCAGUACACAUCGGAGUUAAAUGCUUGCAACAAUGAAGAUAGCAGCCUGGUGAAUGCUUCUAGUUUCUCUGGGAAGCAGCAUAAUUCAAAAUUUCUACCAGUGGAUGGUGGAACUGGACAAAGAAGACUACUAAACUUAAUAGAUCUAAUCAAACAAGGAUUGAUUCAGCCAGGAGAAGACACACUUGAUCUCAAACUACAGGGAGUUUGUCAUAAAGCUGAACUGCAAGCUUCUGGUAUGAUUAGAGGUAAAGAUGGAACAAUAUACCGUAGUCCUGUGCAUUGGAUCAAAGAACUUCUGGGAGACAAAAUACCAGUCAGCCGGAAAUUUGCAUGGAACAAGGUUAUGUACAAAGGGAAAGAACUUUUGAAAUACAGCUCCAUGAUUACAACAUCUACCACUCCAGAGAUUCAGUCUAUUUCAGAACCUAUCAUAUUAACAGAUAAGACAUCUUCCUUAACUAAACAACAGAAAAUGUGUACAGUGGAGUGUAUCUUAACUGGUUGCAUCACAGCCCGGUUUGGAAACACCAAGGCCCAGGAACGGAACAGGUUAAAGAAAAUGGUGGAUACAGCCUAG